AUGCCCGAUCCGCCAGCUCCACCCCGGUUCAAGGGCAUCCCACUGCGAGUACUGAUCGACCGGCGAGAAAACUUCCUUCCCCAUAUGAUGUAUCGCUUCUUCGAGGUUGCCGUCCGCCAGCCGGAAGUCCGCUAUUACAAGGAAGCGGAGGUCAUUUGGCAGGCCGUCUCCGACGAAACGUGGCGACAGCUUGAGGCCUACAUGGAGAAACUGCGAGAGUACUGCCAACAAAUCGGAAGACGACUGCAGCAACAGUCGAGCUGGAACAUCUUCUCUCCAGACGUACGAGCAGUCUGGCGAGAAUCGUGGCAGUUCUAUCAUGGAGACCGCAGCGUCUGGUCCGAUUACUGGAGGAUCAUCAACUACUCCGGCUGGUGUGAGUUUCUCUAUGGGUUACCGCGAUCUGCACAUUGCAUCUGCUGCGGCACGCUCUAGCUCUGACUCAAACUAAACUCGCAUCCAUCCACUUUCGAGUCCACUAGACGUAAAUCGUCUGCGCAACAAAUUCAUCUCGGAUCACAACUCGAAGCAACCCGGGCUCGCCCCCCCUCUUCGACGAUCCGACAAUCUGCUUCAUCGUCUGGGGGCGCUUCCAUCCUUUCGGCGGGAGCGUGUGGUCUACUUCAAAGGCUUUGAAGCAAUACCUGGACCCUCGGGAUUCCUCGAGGGGGAGCUGGACCAUCUCAAGAGUAGGUCCCAGCAUUAUCUACGAUCUCCCAUGGGGAAGCAUCCGACUCAACCCGCCUACGCCGCGCGCUCUCAACGUGACCGUGUACAUGAACAGGACGCGGUGGCAUUCGCUUCGACGGUAUAGGCAUUUCCACCGACUUUGCCGUCGUAGUUGAUGCGAGGUCAAAUAUUUGGCCGAAGGACGACGAAGUCCUGGGAAUUGCGGCUCUCCUCCCUACUGGUACCGAGAGCGAGUCGCAAGAGACGGAUAGCGGCUCGCACGGCUCGCAAGAGACGGACCGAUCCACCGUUUAUAAGCCUCGGUUUGUGUGA